CCUUUCUUCCCAUAAAAACUCUGAUUAAACCCAAAAAUAAAUAUAAAUAUAAAAAACAUCUUUUGUUCUUAAAAUCCCAGGUCAAGGCAGAGUCUCAAACAGAGGAGAGAGAAAACAAGAGAGACUUUCCAUUUCAUCUCUAGUGUCUCUUUCACCAUUUUCUCUGUUUAAAUAGAUUAUAAUCGAAUAAAACACUAUUUUAGAUAAAAUUUUAUGUUUUUCAUAUUUUCUUAAACCUUCUCUUGACAUUACGGGAGUUUUUCCCUUGUUUUUUAAAACAAAAAUAAAUAAUGGUGUUGUUCUUCUAAUUGUUUUGCAUUUUAUGUAAAUUGAAAUGGAAAAAUGAUGGGUUUUUGAAAAAAAUUGUGAUUUAAGGUUGUUUUGGAUUCUGGUUUUCUUUUAAUUUAUUUUGAUAAUUCAUAAAUAAUGAUUCAAGAAACUGUUGUCGAGCUUCAAGAAACUGAGAAACAGAAUUCAGGUUGUUCAAUUAAUGAUGCAAGAGUUUCAGAAAGUGUGAUUACAAUACAGGAAGAUUCACCAGAUUUGAGUUGUUCACAAGAACCAUCUGUUUCUUCUGUUGCUGUUAAUGUUGUCAGAGAUUCUGAAAACAGAUCAGCUGAUUCAGGGGAGAGUUGUGCAACAGGAAUUGUGGGUGAAACAAAGGUUGCUGAAGAUAGAAAAGAGAGAGAGAAAUCGUGGGUUGUUGAUUUAAAACUUGGUGAUGGAGAUAUUUGUGAUGGUGAAAUAGUUUGUAGGAUUUGUCACUUGAGUUCUGAGCAACCAUGGAAGUUUCCAUUUUUCGCGGCGAAAACUGAUCUUAUUAUGCUUGGAUGUGGAUGUAAAGGUGAACUUAGUGUUGCACAUUCUUAUUGUGGCGAAGCUUGGUUCAAGCUCAAGGGAAACAGGAUAUGCGAAAUAUGUGGGGAGAUAGCAAAUAAUAUAAGAGGAGUGGGGAACGAGAGCUUCAUGGAGGAGUGGAAAGAUGGCAGAAUGAAUGCUAACGCAUUAGACUCAGCGGACAGGAGUGCAGAAGGAUGCUGGCAUGGACAGCCAUUGUGUAACUUCCUCAUGGCCUGCUUGGUCAUCGCCUUUGUCCUACCAUGGUUUUUUCGAUUCAGCAUGUUCUGAUUUUUCCGAAUGUGUACAUAAUUUUUUCGACAACAUAAUAAAUCCUUUUUUCCUAGCCAAUUAAUGCCUAAGAUUUUGGUUUAAUUUUCCUA